AUGCAGAAGAGGAAGCGGUACCAAGAGGGCUUCAUAGGUCUACACGAUGCUGGAGUCAGCCUGUACAGUCUCGAGGCCGAUGAGGCACUUGACAGUGUCAUCUGGACCUACACACUGAGGCGGGACUGGAAUGAGGCUAGGAACAGAUCGGCUACGUUGGAGAUGCUCCUGCAGCGGCAUAUUGCUCGAAUACAGUUCGGCUCGGGAGAAGGAGGGCUCGUUCAGGGUAGCGGCUGUGUAGCAGCAGGCCAUGGUGGGGCCACGGAGGGCCGGUUCAGUGUUAAUGUGGGUAUGGUCAACGGUGAUAUGUUUCGCUCCGCUGGAGCUAUUGAGGGCCAUGCCUUCGGGGGCAUCUGCAGGCCGUCAAUCGGUCCUGUUGAGGACAACGAGUUUGAGGCUAUACUGAGGACAGCAAAGACUAAGGCGAAACCUGAGGUCGAAGAUGAAGGGGCCGCUUUGCUGUUGCAACCUAGCAAAGCCCCACGACGCGCGCCCCUGCCCAUAAUGGGCUCUAUUGAGGAAGCUCAGAGGGACUCUGCGAUGCCGGCUUUCCCUCCGUACUGCCCUCCGAGGACUCCUUUCGACUUGCUUGAUCUGGAAUUCGCAGUGCCCUCUGAAGGUGGCGACAACUCGACCCAGCUGAGCUCCACUCAUGUGGCCAUGUCGAUGCACAGCUACACCCUCCUCCAUCUGGACACCUUAUAUAGGUCGCUCUACUUCGGCCUUCGAGACCUCGCUACGGGAUCACGGCUGGCACGCUCGGCUCAGUUCAAGAGAUGCCCUUUGGGUUCCACGUGUAAACUGAAAAUGACCGACAAAGGCGAGGCGAGGCUCUACUUCCCUGCUCAUUCCCAGGCAAACAGUAAAAGGAAGCGUGGAGGGUCAAAGCUGUUCUUCAAGGCAUCUAGCAUGAGUGGGAAGGAAACGCGGAUGGAGACCCCAGACAUAUUCCUAUUCUCCGUGAAGGGCGCUUGGGUGGUCUAUGCUAGUGCAUGGAGAGGCCUCAACCCUCAGGGCCUCCUACGGGUCGAGCCUCUCACCGAGGCGACCAGAAGGGUACAAGACGGCUUAGUGGUGGGCUCGACGACUGCCUGUGAUACGCUACACUGCCUUGAAGGUGUCGGUCAGCGGCUACAGUACCUAGAGACUUUACGAACGCUGUUGUCCACCAAAUGCGAGGAGGGUAGUGACCAUGAGGGAGAUGCCUUCAACGUUAGUUCGGGCUCUCGGGCCUCUUUGGAUCCAGGGGCGAUCUGCUGUACAAGCCUGUGCCUCUUUGGAGGUCUGGUCAGCGGUCACCGACUGCUGAACCGCUCCCUCACCCUGCCAACCGCUGUGGAUCUGGAUGCUUGUAUGGAGGCUACAAUGGAGUUGUUUCCAAACCUCAACUCCGACCAAAUAGCAGUCCUGAAGCAUGUACAGGCAUGGUUUACAGACAACACUGCGGAGCCCCUGAUCAUGGUCCAAGGCGUCUACGGCUCUGGCAAGACGACGGUUUUGGCGGCAGUCAUCUCGCUACUGUGUGAAGUCCUUGUGGCUUCCUGCGGACCUGUGAUACCAAUAGCUCACCGCAGAGUCGGACUGCUCUCCCUCACAAAUGUCGCUGUUGACAACGUCCUGCUCAAGCUCAAGUCGAAGGGCUUUGAAGACUUCGUCCGGCUUGGCGUCUACGAUAGGAUUGCGGCUAACCUUCGAGAUGAUUUUUUCGCCCGGACGCAGAGUCGUUCUCGAAUGGAAGGUCCUCCGGGGCUGUCGGCCUUGGACUGGAAGGCGAGGGCAGUGGUGGCGGCCACGCUAGCAUCGGCGAUCGACUUGACAGUAGAUGGAAGGACAGCUUACGAGUUGAUGGUGUACUUAUUGUUAAGGUACCUUGCCCCUUUGUUGUGGUCGAUGAGUGUGGCCAAGUGA